AACUGGCAGUGUUCUGUGUUAAAAGCAUGCGUGUCAGAGAGAAAACGAUGCCUUUCUGGCGAUUCUUGGUUUGUUAAUACUGCUAUUCGUUAUCAUGUAGAUAACUAAGGUAAACUAAUAAUACUACAAUACAGUCUUAUCGCAAUUGUUAGUGGCUACUGUAUCUACAUUUAAAACUUUACAUGUUCGACCAGUUGUAUAAAACUACAAAAAAACAAAACAUUGCUGACUAUAGUAAAAUAGACAGUAUACGUAUCGCACUAAUAUACAACACGGUUAACCAACAACUGGGCAAACAUUUCCUGGCGACUCUGCGUCAACAGCCAGCCUUCUGAAGAGAUAGCUAAACUGGAUUGAAAUUCUUAAGUCUGAUCCAGGAGUUUGGAUUCCCUGGCCUUCCCCAAGGAGUUGCUGCUGAAUUUAUCUUGUGGAAGAGCCAGUGAAAUGAAGGAUUUUCUUCUGCUGAAGAGAACCAAAAGAAUCUGUGACCAACCAAGUCUGCACACCAAAGAAGUCCCAUCCCUCUUAAGCUUGUGAAUAUUGGGCUUCAUGGUUGGAUAUCCGGGAACAGACCAAUUCUGUACUUGUGAACGAUCAUGCUUGGAAUGUUCUUUCGAAAAAACAUGUCCCAGAAACUAAGUAUACUGUUGCUGAUCUUUGGCUUGGUUUGGGGCCUGAUGCUUCUGAGAUACACCUUUCAGCAUCCGAGACACCAGAGCAGUGCUGAGCUGCGGGAGGAGAUUCUUGACCUAAGUAAAAGAUAUGUCAGGGUGCUGGCUGAGGAAAAUCAAAAUGUAGAUGGAUUGCAUGGGACGUCAAUGGCUGGAUAUGCUGACCUGAAGAGAACCAUUGCUGUCCUGCUAGACGAUAUAUUGCAGCGGCUGGUGAAGCUGGAAAGUAAAGUAAAUCUUGUUGUGAACGGAUCCAUGACCAACACUACACACAGGGUUGUGGGCACUACCCCCAGUAAACCAACGGAUAGGGCAGAUCGCCCAAGAUAGCAAGGUGUGAACAGUGAUAGCUUAAGUCUAGUACUCCUUGGCUCAAUCAUGGCAGCUUUUUAGAGGAAAGUUAGGUUAGUUCACUGUAAAGUGAUUCUCUUAAUUUAUAUUUUAGAGCAAGCUAUUUUUUGGUUGUUUUAGGAGCCUGUGGAAUAAAAAUCUCCACAGACGGAACAAACUCAAGCUUGGGUUCCAUGAUCUUUGUGUUUCUAAACUUUUACUGAAUUACUGUUUUGCAUAUGAAUAUCAGUCCGUUUUAGUGCUUAACUUGAUGGGGUAUCAAGUGAGUUUUCAGUAUUAGGCUUAAAAUCAUAUUCCAAUAUUUAAAUGGUAUAUAGUAUAUUGGAGCUUUGGAAAUUGUACAGUAAAUUAUAAAAUCAACCCAAAGAAUGCGAUUAUUUGCACUGCACUGUACCGUAUGUGAAGGCUUAUGAUUGAUUUAAAAUAACUAUAUUUUUCUUAUCAGCUAUAACACAAUAACAACUACAAUGUUACUUUAAUGGAGGAAAAAUAAACUUUUGUGAUUGUCUCAUUGUCAAAACA